CUCCCUCUCUCCCUCUCUCCCUCCAUUUCCGUGAGCUGCAUUUUCUCAUCCCCAUCAUUUAGUCAGUGUACCGCUAUCUUGCCCACACUCCAAAGAAUAAGACGCUGCCACCAUCCUCCAGGUCCUUGGCUUGAUAGCUGAUGCUCCAUCCUCUGCGCCAAGCCUGAUUUCUUACUCGGCCAUUUAUAACGAGGCCACUGCACACGCUCUGGUGUUUGUUUCGCUUUCUCCUCGCACGCCUCCUCCAAUUUCCAGACAAUUAGCUCUUUGUGUAUAUUACCAGCAGGCCAGCGCCUCGUCCUUUCUCCGCCAUAGGUGUGCCAUCUAUUCGUACUGCCUCUCCCCCAUUUUGGCACCCAGACGCACCGACACCUACGUUUUGGAUAUAAAACAGCCCUUUUCCUUUGCAGGGGCAUACAGUUCUUUCAAAUAUCUUCAUCGAGAAUCUCAUAUCUCAUAUUCGAUCAUGCAGUCAUCAAGCACUCACAAGCAAGAGCCCAAGGACCUGACGUCUCUCUUUGUGCCCGGGAUGCAGGGCUCCAAGAAGAGCAUGUUCAAGGCGGUCAUGGGGACCCCGACCCUGUCGAUGAUUAACAUGGCCGGCGGUGUGCCUGAUCCCUCGACCUUCCCUAUCGCGCACAUGUCGGUGCAGGUGCGCAUGCCGGGCGGCUCGCAGACAGAGACUGUGACUCUGGACAAGACAUGCCGCAGCGGCAUCGUGGAGAGCAUCGAUGAGCUUCUGCAGUACGGUGACGGAUGUGGCUUCCACCCGCUAAAGUACACCGGGUGGGACGUAAUUGCAUCGUGCGGCAACAACGAUGCCUUGAGCAAAGUGGUCGCUCUGUUCUGUGAGCCGGGGGACGCAGUGCUGGUUGAAAAGUGGACGUUCCCAGGCGCUCUGGGUGUGCUGAACAAUACAGGCAUUGGGGCUGUGCCGGUGGAGCUGGACAGCGAGGGCAUGGUGCCGCAAGCUCUGGACACAGCGUGCCGCGAGUGGCAGGGCGAGAAGCCAUUGCGCGUGGUGUACAUUAUUCCCACGGGGCAGAACCCGACCGGAUCUAUAGGGUGGCGCAAAAAGCACAACCUCGUAAUCGUCGAGGACGACCCGUAUUAUUUCAUGCAUGAUUUGGCACUGGUGCCGAGCUUCUUGUCGCUGGACACCGAUGGGCGCGUCAUCCGGCUGGACUCGUUCAGCAAGAUCCUGGCACCCAACCUGCGGUGCGGCUGGGUCACAGCACCUUCGUACAUCCUCGACCGCCCGUCGGGCCUGUCGCAGGGCGUCAUUUCCAAGAUCCUCAACAACUCGUGGGGCAUGGCAGGCUGGGAGUCGCAUCUGAGGCACCUGCGGGCAACGUAUGCAAGGCGCCGCAACGCCUUUGUUGCUGCUGUCGAAAAGAAUCUGGCGGGCCUAGUGGAGUACACGGUUCCCAGCGCAGGCAUGUUCUUGUGGAUGCGCAUCGACCUCGGAGGCUCGGACCAGAAGGGCGCUAUGGCGAUGCUGCUGGAGACCAUGAAGAAAUGCGGUGUCAUGAUGGCUCCUGGCGUGCCAGCUAUCCUGCGUGCCGCCUUUGCUCUGGUUGAGCCCGAAAUGUUCGACCCGGCGCUGUCCCGGCUGGCCCAGGCUAUCGAGUAUGUGCGCAAGAGCCAUGGCAACAAUGGCAGCAUUGGCAUCAGCAGCAAGAUUCCUGCUGAGCGGCCCAGGCACCUCCGCAAGUGUCUCGAUCAGGCCUGUCGUGUGCCCGCGAGCUCAAGGGCGGCCAAAACGUGA